AGACUACUCAGUCGGUAUUCGCUAGCUCACGAACCCUGAGCGUCGGUCUGUAGGCACGAGUACGACACAACUAUCGGCCUAAGGAAUUCCUAUGUACUGUGAUGUUAGUAAACAAAAAGUGUAUCAAUAAAAACAGCACCGUGAACCCCCUGUCAGUCUUGGAGUGAAUUUAAAUGCACAAUUAUGUCUCUUCCGGGAGUUUUCCUUUUUUCACAUUACGUGGAAAGCUUUUGGAGUACGCCACCACCUCUCGUGGAUUGGUCAGGAGUGCCAACAUUGGUGCUGGCAUUGGUCGCAUUGGUGAUGGCCGCCACAGCCUUGCUAACACGGCCUAUAGACGGGAAGAGACUAGCGCGUCUGCCAGGGCCGCCGGCUUUACCCCUCCUUGGUACAAGAUGGCUGUUCUGGAGUCGCUAUAGAAUGAAUAAACUACAUGAGGCAUAUGAAGACAUGUUCAGGCGCUACGGGCCGGUGUUCGCGGAGAUCACGCCCGGGGGCGCCCUGGUCGUCUCCAUCGCUGAACGAUCUGCCCUGGAGGCGGUCCUCCGCACCCCCGCCAAGAGGCCCUAUAGACCUCCCACGGAAAUCGUCCAAGUGUACAGAAGAUCCAGACCCGAUAGAUACGCUUCCACUGGACUCGUUAACGAGCAAGGUGAAAGGUGGCACCAUCUGCGACGCAACCUCACUUGCGAACUGACGAGCCCUCACACCAUCCAGGGGUUUAUACCAGAGCUGAACAGCAUCUGUGAUGACUUCCUCAACUUACUGCAAAGCUGUCGUAGGCCGGAUGGGAUUGUGCACGGGUUCGACCAACUCACGAAUCGUGUGGGCUUGGAAUCGGUAUGUGGACUUAUGUUGGGCACACGACUGGGCUUCCUGGAGAGAUGGAUGUCGGGCCGAGCGGCGGCUCUGGCGGCAGCGGUGAAGGCGCAUUUCCGAGCACAAAGGGAUUCCUACUACGGUGCACCUCUAUGGAAGUUCGCGCCAACCUCGCUAUACAAGACUUUCGUGAGGAGCGAGGAGACUAUUCAUAUGAUAGUAUCAGAGCUAAUGGAGGAAGCGCGGUCGCGGACGCGCGGCGCGGCGCAGGACGACGGGAUGCAGGAGAUUUUUCUCAAGAUACUCGCCAACCCGGAGCUGGACAUGCGGGAUAAGAAGGCGGCUGUUAUCGACUUUAUCACUGCGGGUAUUGAGACGUUGGCAAACAGCCUGGUCUUCCUGCUGUAUUUGCUAAGUGGUCGAGCGGAUUGGCAGCAAAGGAUACGCUCCGAGUUACCGUCUUGCGGCGAACUACGCAUUGAAGAGCUGUCAGCCGCUCCAUCAGUUCGAGCAGCUGUCAAUGAGGCCUUCCGACUGCUGCCCACUGCGCCAUUCCUCGCGAGGCUGCUGGACACGCCUAUGACGAUUGGUGGACAUCGACUACCUGCUGGGACAUUCGUGCUAGCUCACACUGGUGCCGCGUGCCGGCGGGAAGAGAAUUUCUGGCGAGCCAGCGAGUACCUUCCAGAAAGAUGGAUCAACAUUCGGGAGCCUCAUGCGUCGGGGAUCGUAGCACCGUUCGGUCGUGGCCGGCGGAUGUGCCCCGGCAAGAGAUUCGUUGAGCUUGAACUUCAUUUAAUACUGGCUAAGAUUCUGCAAAACUGGCGGGUGGAAUACGACGGUGAGCUGGACAUCCAGUUCGACUUCCUCUUGUCGCCGAAGUCGCCGGUAUCUCUGCGGCUGGUCGAGUGGUGAACAAGCGACAGUUGUUAUUAAUUGCGGCAAGCUACUUGCUCGAGACUUUUUGGCGCUUUUCUGCUAAACGACAACGAGAUGAUUUCGACUUUAUGAUCCAAAAAACCGGCCAAGUGCGAGUCAGAUUCGCGCACCGAGGGUUCCGUACUUGGGUAAUUUUUCCGACAUU